CUGUGUCGAAAGUGCGGAGGCGGAGCGGGCGCUGAAGGAGUAGUAGGGCGGAAGAACAGCGCGAUGCACGUGGGGAGCGUCGAACAUGGCGGCUGGAUUCAAAACAGUGGAACCACUGGAGUAUUAUAGGAGAUUUUUGAAAGAGAACUGCCGUCCAGAUGGAAGAGAGCUUGGAGAAUUCAGAACCACAACUGUCAAUAUAGGUUCAAUUACUACUGCAGAUGGUUCUGCUUUAGUGAAGCUGGGAAAUACAACAGUAAUUUGUGGAGUUAAAGGGGAGUUUGCAGCACCCCCAGUAGAUUCACUCAAUAAAGGUUAUAUUGUUCCAAAUGUGGAUCUACCACCUCUGUGUUCAUCAAGAUUUCGUUCUGGACCUCCUGGGGAAGAGGCCCAAGUGGCUAGUCAGUUCAUUGCAGAUGUGAUUGAAAAUUCACAGAUAAUACAGAAGGAAGAUUUGUGUAUUUCUCAUGGAAAGCUUGCAUGGGUUCUGUAUUGUGAUCUCAUAUGCCUUGACUAUGAUGGGAACAUCUUGGAUGCCUGCACAUUUGCUUUGUUAGCAGCUUUAAAAAAUGUACAACUGCCAGCAGUUAUUAUUAAUGAAGAAACUGGGUUAGCUGAAGUUAAUUUAAAAAAGAAAAGCCACUUGAAUAUUAGAACACAUCCAAUUGCCACAUCAUUUGCUAUAUUUGAUGAUACUUUACUUAUAGUUGACCCUACUGGAGAAGAGGAACAUCUGGCAACAGGAACCUUAACAGUCGUAAUGGAUGAAGAAGGCAAGCUUUGUUGUCUUCACAAACCAGGUGGAAGUGGGCUUACUGGAGCUAAACUUCAGGACUGUAUGAGUCGGGCAGUUACAAGACACAAAGAAGUAAAGAAAUUGAUGGAUGAAGUAAUUAAGAGUAUGAAACCAAAAUAAACAGCCAGCACAUAUUUUUCAAAAUUGAUUUGUAAAAAUUGUAUUUGUUACAGUGCUCACAAAUCUUUUAUACUAAAUAAACAAAUAUCAAUACUA